GCCAGUUGAACAGAGCUGAGGACAGGAAGGCGCAGUCUAUAAAUCUGCUCCUUUACCACAGGACUGCGGUUAUGGACCAUCUCACACAGCAUCCCGUCCAGGACAGGGGAAGAGCAAUGAGGGAGACAGGUAACAUGGAUCAGGGAUCUGGUGUGCUGUCCCUUCCAGCUGCCCAGGACCUGGAUGCCAGGGUCUACAUGAAAUUCAUGAGGAGUCACUGCUGCUAUGACGCCAUCCCCACCAGCUCCAAGCUUGUCAUAUUCGACACCACACUGCAGGUGAAGAAGGCGUUCUUUGCCCUGGUGGCUAAUGGCGUGAGGGCUGCUCCUCUCUGGGACAGCAAGCUGCAGUGCUUUGUAGGAAUGCUGACCAUAACUGAUUUUAUUAACAUUCUACACCGAUACUACAAAUCUCCCAUGGUACAGAUUUAUGAGCUGGAAGAACACAAGAUUGAGACAUGGAGAGAAGUAUACCUGCAGUACUCUUUCAACACACUCGUCAGCAUCACGCCUGAAUCCAGCCUGUUUGACGCCAUCUACUCCUUACUGAAGAAUAAGAUCCACCGGUUACCCGUCAUCGACCCGGAGUCGGGAAACGUCCUGCACAUACUGACGCACAAGCGCAUUCUCAAGUUCCUGCAUAUCUUUGGCUCGAUGAUCCCAAAGCCACGCUUCUUGCAGAAACGGAUCGAGGAGUUGGAAAUCGGGACGUUCAAGGAAAUCGCCACGGUCUUAGAGACGGCAACGGUGUACGACGCUCUCACCAUGUUCGUGGAGAGGCGGGUGUCAGCGCUACCCGUGGUAACCAAAGAAGGAAAAGUGAUCGCCCUGUACUCCCGAUUUGACGUGAUCAAUCUGGCAGCGCAGAAGAACUACAACCACCUGAACAUGACGAUGCAGGAGGCCGUUCAGGGCCGGGCCUGCUGUGUGGAGGGCGUGCUCAAAUGCUACCCCUACGAGACGCUGGAGACCAUCAUCGACCGCAUCGCUAAGGCUGAGGUUCACCGCCUGGUCUUGGUGGAUAAGGACAAUGUGGUGAAGGGCAUCGUCUCACUCUCUGACCUGCUGCAGGCCCUGGUUCUGACUCCAGCAGCACCAUUCUCCAGCAUGUUACUUACCACUCGUGGAAUCUCCAUAGAGAUGGAUUCUUAAGGAUUUCUUGACGACUCUGUUCUGGCAACAAGAAGUGCAAACAAGCAAACAGUAAACAUGUAAACCCCCAAACGCUGUCGCCACAUCUGAUUUCAUUGAUGGGGGGGACAAUAAUUUACUUGCGCCUGAUUUUGGCAGUACGAAUACAGUUAAGAUGAGCUUUUAACGGAUAAACAGUGGACUAACUUCAAGCAAUUAGCUAAAAUGGCUGUUCCGCAAAAGUGCAACAGCAUUUGCUGUUGAUGAAUAGAUCAUGAAUAGAGCAUGAACAGAGAAUAACCUGGCAAUCUCGUCAUAUUGGAAGCUCAGUACAACUAUUUGAUAUGUAAAGCUGUAAUUAUAUGCAUGCAUUUAGGCAUCAAUAAUAAUGUUUCAAUAUCUGGAACUUAAUUGUGUAGAACAUGGUUGCAGUUAGUCUGGAAGGGCUGAUACUGCACGACACCAUGGAUAUUUGUGAUUUGUUUUUGUACAUAAGUAUGUCAGAAAAUAAAAAAGAAAGGGUGGAUGCUACAAAAAGUAACUAUUGUACAUUUGAAUGUUGUUACCUAAGGGCAUUUGCAUGUACAUAUUGCAGUUACUGUGUACAUUUGUAUUUGUAUGACGACAGUUUUAAAUGUACAGAACAACAAAGAAGAGGCGACAUUAUGGACCUGAUAUAGCAGAGUUAAUUCAAAUACAUACUUGCUUUUAUAAAAUGUUUAUAUUUACAGUGCAAAGAUUGUUCUUUGUUAAAAAGAAAAUAGUCAGUGUUACUCUUGUUUUAUCUCCAAAAUUAUACAUUUUGCUACUAUGUUUAAUUUACAGACAAUAACACAUUGAUGGCUGAAAGAAAAGGAAGAAGACAAAGAUAUGCUUUGUACAUACAGUCUGCGUAUUUGUCUAUGUGUACAGUACCACCUAAAUGGACGGACAUAAUGAGACUUUCCCACUGUGAACUAGUGGACGAUUUGUAAUGUUUUAUUUUUGAUAUUGUUACCUGUUUCAGUAACAAAUGAUUGGCUGUGUACUAAUUUUUUAAAAUGUUGUAAAUUGUACAUAGUUUUGUAUUAAGUGGUGCGUGUGUUCGGUUCUUCGGUUCAGUUGUAAUCUGUCUCAUCAACCCACUUAUUUGACAUGUGUCGAUAUGUGAUUCCAUCCCAUGUCUUGGGUAAAUAACUGGCUCUGGUUUGUAGAAUGACCAUGGGAAUAACACUCAUAGAACUUGAAUCUCAAUCAAUAUUAGUAGCCCUUAAACUGUCAUAGCAACUGUAAUGUGUAUAAGUAAUGUGAUUCAAAAUCUACAUGCUAUCUGUAAGGCCGUAGGUUUUUAAAAGUUUCACAGCCAAAAGGACAUUAGUUUGUUGAAUUAUUAAUUAUCGGACUGUGACUUUUGUCUAAAUAUUUCCCCAACAUGUCUAUGAAGAAGAAAUUCUGCUUGUUUUGCGGCAGGGAUGAGGCCAUGGCUCAGUUUGGUAGUGCUUCCCCCUCAUUCUGCAAAAAGGACUCAACCAUAGCAAUCUCCUGUAGCUCAUUUUGAGGCUUUUAAAUUCAAGGGAUUAACAAUGAAAUCUCCUGUAAGUCUCCAUUUACUAAGUCUUCUGACCGAAAAGUGAAUAAAUUAUGUAUCUUUACUGGUGAAUAUGAAGGAAUAUAUUGAAUAAAGCUGUUUUUUAUGAGGCAAAAACAGCUUCGGCAGACAAUCUAAAAAAUACAUAAGAAUAUAAUCUUUUGUCCAAAAAGUGGAAAAUUAGUAUGUGUUUUUAUUGUUGAAAUGAACAAGGAAUGAGAUAUAUAUGAUUCAUAUGAUGAAAUAACAGGUGACAUGCUUAAUGGUCCACACCACUGUGAGUUUCACCUGCAG